CGGCCAUGUUGAGGUCGCCCGGGCAACAUGGCGGGGAGCUCGGCGUCCAUUGGUGUGGCUGAGAAACUGCAGGGACUCAACGGGCUCUUUGCGAUUCACAAGAGGAAAGGCCCCACUUCAGCAGAUGUGCUGAACCUCCUGAAAACUAAGCUUUUGGAAGAAGCCGGCAUUAAGCAGCAUCGAAAGAAAAGAAAGAAACAAGUUCUGAAAAUGGGACACGGAGGAACCCUUGAUAGUGCAGCUUCGGGCGUACUUGUGGUUGGAAUUGGAAAAGGGACCAAAAUGCUCAGUGGAAUGUUAUCCGGCUCCAAGAAAUACACAACAGUUGGAGAAUUUGGAAAGGCUACAGACACAUUUGAUGCAAUAGGGAUGGUGACAGAAGAACAAUCAUAUGAUCAUAUAACAAAGGAUGAUCUGGAAAGAACUCUGAAGAAAUAUACGGGAAGCAUUAUGCAGACACCACCAUUAUAUUCUGCCUUGAAACAAAACGGGCAAAGGCUUUCCUGUUUGAUGAAGAAAGGAGAAGCUGUAGAGUCUAAACCUGCAAGAUCUGUCAUGGUGUAUGAUCUUUCUGUACAGGAUUACAGUCCUCCUCACUUUACUCUUAAUAUUGAAUGUGGAGGUGGCUUUUACGUCCGUAGUUUGGUGAAUGACCUUGGCAAAGAGCUUUCUUCGUGUGCCCAUGUUAAAGAUUUGAUCAGGACCAAACAAGGACCUUUCACAUUGUACGAACAUGCACUUCAAGAGGAGAAGUGGACAAUUGAUGAAGUAGUAAAAGCCAUUGAGAACUGCACACAAUUAGUACCAUCUGAAGGAGGAUGUAAGAAAUUGAAGACUGAAAUCUCUGAACAAGAAAAAGAAAUUGAUUGAUAGUGCAGUGCAUUUCUCGAGGACAAUAAAGACUUGCAGUGCAUUUCUUUUAAAGUUGCCAAGCAGGAGAUAUGGCAUCCACUUUUGCACAACCAUGUUCUACAAACUGUAAUAUAUUGGCAGCUAAAUGCUCUUGAUUGUUUGAGGAAUAAAUGUUGGUCAGAGACAUGUAAUCUAAUAAUGAAUUAAAGAUUCAGUACACAUUCUGUUCACAAAACUAAUUUAAUAAAUGGGUACAUUUUUUCA